AUGAAGCUCCACGGCCUUGGUGUCCUUCUAGCCGUAGUCUUCUUCUAUAAGCAGCAUGUCUCCGCAUUCCAGAGUGGCCAAGUUUUAUCUGCUCUUCCUCGCACCUCUAGGCAAGUUGAAGUUCUUAAAAAUCUUACCACAUCAUAUGAGAUUGUUCUCUGGCAGCCAGUAAUGGCAGAAUUUAUUGAGAAGAAGAAAGAAGUUCAUUUUUUUGUGAACGACUCAGAUGUAAGCACUGUGAAAGCCCAUUUAAAUGUAAGCAGAAUUCUAUUCAGUGUCUUAAUGGAUGAUGUUGAAGACCUCAUUCUCCAGCAGACUUCAAAUGACACUGUCAGCCCCCGGGCCUCCUCCUCUUACUACCAACAGUAUCACUCACUCAGUGAGGUUUCAAAAAAGGAACAAACAACUAAAAAUGCAGUAUGGAUUGACUGUGGAAUCCAUGCCAGAGAGUGGAUUUCUCCUGCUUUCUGCUUGUGGUUCAUUGGCUAUAUAACUCAAAUCUAUGGGAAAGAAACGAUGUACACCAAUUUUCUGAAGUACGUAGACUUCUAUGUUAUGCCAGUGAUGAACGUGGAUGGUUAUGACUAUACCUGGAAAAAGGAUCGAAUGUGGAGAAAGAACCGAUCUUCUCACGAGGACAACGCAUGCAUUGGGACUGACCUGAACAGGAACUUUGCUUCUAAACACUGGUGUGGGGAAGGUGCGUCAAGUUUUUCUUGUGCGGAAACCUACUGUGGACCUUAUCCUGAGUCAGAACCAGAAGUGAGGGCAGUGGCUGAUUUCUUGAGAAAAAAUGUCAAGCACAUUAAAUCUUAUAUAAGUAUGCAUUCAUACUCCCAACAGAUACUGUAUCCAUAUUCCUACAGUAGAAACAAAAGCAAAGAUGACAUGGAGCUGUCUCUAGUGGCCAGUGAAGCUGUUCGUGCUAUUGAGAAUACUAACAAAAACACAAAGUACACUUUUGGCCGUGGUGCAGAAACUUUAUACCUAGCUCCUGGAGGUUCAGAUGACUGGAUUUAUGAUUUGGGAAUCAAAUACUCAUUUACAAUUGAACUUCGAGAUAGAGGCAGAUAUGGAUUCUUGCUGCCUGAACGGUACAUCAAACCAACGUGCACAGAAGCUCUUGCUGCUGUCUCAAAAAUAGUCUGGCAUGUUAUAAAAAAUGUUUCAUUCUCUUGA